CAAAGCCCCAUAUCUGCCUUUCCUCAGCACAUCUACUAGAACAUUUGACUAACCACAAACCAUAAGCGUCUAUUGAUCACUAGCGGCGCUACUCCUUGGUGUUCUACCCUAACGUAGUCGUAGAGCCACUCGGCUCUGAAUAGCAGAAAGAUGCCGCCCACCUCGCCUUAUUCCGGUCGGCGGCUGUGGACAAUGGCCAAGAUGUGGACGGCGCUAAGAGACAUCCCAGAGGUUGCCGUGCUCGCCGGUCUGGCUGCCGGCGCCAUUGCCAUGGGGCUGUACACCUUCCACCGGGAGAACUUCACCGUGUCUGGGGAGGCAUUCCCCAGCGUGGAGGUCCGUCGUGACCCCGACAAGCAGUUUGCGAUGGUGGAGGCGUACCGCCGCCCCAGCUUCUUCUACCGCAUCGCCCAGAUCAAGUCGGACGACAAGGGCUACAACAUGGGCGUGUUCGACAACCGCACCCGCCCCUUCGAGUACAACCUGCCCACCCAGGGCACGGUGCACUCUGGCCCCCGCUACGAGACGGGCGCCACCGCCAACCCGGCAGACAUGUGAGGGCUUUGCGUACGGCGUGAGUCCGCAGUGUGUACACAGCCCGUACUGAAGCGCGGCGAAGUAAGGCGGGGUGGCUAGAGCUGGGGCGACGCCAUGUCUGGGGUUUGUCUAAUUGCUGUGUUUCAAGCGGCGGCCGUAUGCAGUUCUGUUGGUGGUGGUGGUUAGUGAUGAAAGUGGGUUGAAGAACGUAAGAGACCGCCGAGGAUGGUGGAGUUGUUGGGAGCCUUUGUUGUGGUGGGGGACCCGUCAGUAGGUAGGGAGUGGCUGGAAGGGCCAUGCAUGUUUGUAUUAAGGCACAGGCUUGGCUAGUGGUGUGUCGGAGCAAUGCGGGCGUUGUUAUUAAGCAGCGAUAUGAAGAUGACCUGGCUAAGCGAGCGCUGGGUACGUGCUGGCCCAUGUCUGUGGGGUAGCGUACGUUGCAAGGAAGCCGGUGGCUGUUGGUAUCGUAGGGGCUGCUUUGCCUAAUGCAGACAACUUACUGCACGCUUCUGUGCUGGCCCUGCUGUACUCGGUAACAAAACGUGACCGCAUCCGGUGCAAGUAUGCCAGGUGGUGGAAAUGUCCCGGAAAACCACAUCAGACAUUCUUGCGAAGACUGCCGGCCGCUGCGAAAGACAUAUGCAAAACAUGACAAGUACGUUACGACGAGGAUAUUGCUGGCGUCGCCAGCACACCUAUUCUGCAGUUGCGGACCGAAACAUACCGCAGUCGCCGUCACCCCUCCAUCACAACCACCUCCACAACGGACCACCAGCCCCGUUCCUCUGGGCCCCCCGUGCUGCCGCCCAGCUGUCGUGUGCAGCCUGCCCCGCAU